GCGCGUUUCUAAUGGCGGUUCGCCUGUUUCUUCGUCUUUCUACAAACGGGGCGCCUCUGUACACAAGCUUGUCAGUAUGGCAGAGGUUCUUCUCUUUGACAAGUAAUCUAAGAGGAGUUUCUGCCAUCAAACUUACUAUGCCAGCCCUAACUCCUACCAUGGAAGUUGGAAAGAUUGUUAAGUGGCACAAGAAUGAGGGAGAUGCCUUCUCAGCAGGAGACGUUCUUUGUGAUAUUGAGACGGACAAAGCAACGCUCAGCAUGGAUGCUUUAGAUGAUGGUGUUAUGGCAAAGAUACUGGUAAGUGAGGGAACUGAAAACAUCAAGACUAGUCGUGUCAUUGCUCUGACUGUGGAUGUGGAAGACGACUACACUCAAGUUGAAAUUCCUUCUGAUCUGGAGACUACAGAACAGGAGGAAGUAGCUGCAAUAGAGAAGACAUCUGGGGACUCAACAACAAGAGACAAACAGUCUGUAGCAGCCAUGCCAGCAGCAAGUACAACAUUUAAGCCAACGUUGUUGCCGUUGUCUCCUGCUGUGAAGAGACUUGUGGAUGAGCAUCAACUUGAUGUCAAUAACAUAGCACCAUCGGGUUUUAAUGGACGACUGUUGAAAGGAGAUGUGCUUGAAUUCCUUGCUGGUAAACAAGCACAAGAACGUGUAGGAGCAUCGACGAUGGAGACCACAGUGCAAUUGUUUAGUCCACCGCCUUCGAUUCCUGAUACUUUACCAGUCGCAUCUGCACCAACUGGUACUAAUCAGUUUGAUGACAUUCCCAAUUCAAACAUUCGACGAACCAUUGCAAAGAGACUUGGAGAAUCAAAGUCAACUAUUCCUCAUGUGUAUGCAUCUGUCGACUGCCUUAUGGACAACAUGUUGGCACUGAGAAGGAAACUGAAAGCCGACCACAGGUUGGUGGUCUCGAUAAAUGACUUGGUCUUGAAGGCGGCUGCUGUUGCUUUGAGAUUGGUGCCCGAGAUGAACUGUAAUUGGACUAGCAGUGGUUUGCAGCGUUGUGAUGACAUUGAUGUUGCUGUUGCUGUGGCUAUUGAUGGAGGUCUCAUUACACCGAUUGUGCGAGGAGCUGAUAAGCUUUCGAUUGCGGACAUUUCGUCAACUGCUCGGGAUUUGUCUGCACGUGCUAGAGCCGGCAAAUUGCAGCCACAUGAGUAUCAAGGAGGAUCUUUCAGCGUCUCAAAUCUAGGAAUGUUUGGCAUCACGAACUUCACAGCUGUCAUCAACCCACCCCAAGUCUUCAUCCUCGCCAUCGGCUCACUACAGUCCACACCCAAUCCCGAGCAAACCGUAUCACAAAUCUCAACAAUAUCAAUAUCACACGAUGCUAGAGCCGUCGACGAACACACAGCAAGUAACUAUCUAUUAACCCUCAAACGCUGCAUAGAGAAUCCAACCGCUAGUGGACUACUGUAAUGACACUGUAUCAUUCGUAUGUGACAAAUGAAGGUUAUGUUGUAUGUGAGUGUAAAAAUCAAUAACACUAUUA